UCGGAGCGAUGCACGCUCGCGUGGCUCGCGUGAUUUGACGUAUUUGACAAGUUUCGGAGCGCGCGGUGACGACCUCUCGGGAGAGCGGAGCAGACACCUCGGCUGCAUGCGGAACGUCGAUCGCGUCCGAGACAUCCUUUCCUCUAGGGGAUAGUAUCCUUUUUUUUUUUUAAAUUUUUUCCAACACCAUGGACACGGACAGGCCUUUGCACGAGGAGUGGAAGAAGCGGGCUUUUGUGGGACCACUGCCGGACAGCUUUCUGAGAAUAGAGGAGCGCAACGCGCAGUUGCAGCAGGAGGCGGCGGAUCAGCAAGCUGCUCUGGCCUUGCAGCAGCAGAUGCAGAAUAUGCCGGUGGCUCACGAUCCACGGAUGGGUAGACUUAGUAUAACAAUUUCUCAGGCCAAAUUAGUGAAAAAUUAUGGAAUGACAAGGAUGGAUCCUUACGCGAGGAUACGAGUGGGACACUCGGUGUUCGAGACGCAUACAGACUCAAACGGUGGGAAGAAUCCACAUUGGAACAAAGUAAUCCAGUGCAAUCUUCCACCGGGAGUCACCCAGAUAUAUGUAGAAAUUUACGACGAGUGUUCCUUCGUGAUGGACGAGCUGAUCGCGUGGGGUCACAUAGAUAUUCCACCGCAGGUCAUUCAGAAGGGAGAGACGCACGAGGACUGGUACAUGCUCAGUGGGAAGCAAGGCGAUAAUCAGGAGGGCAUGAUCAAUUUAGUUUUCAGUUACACGACCAAGUAUCAUCCGUACAUGGGCUCCUCCUCGAUAAUGAUGGUUCCCUCUGCAACAAUGUUCCAUGGCGGCAUGCCAUACGCCCCGGUGAACGUUUAUACAGCACCUCCGCCUGUUGCCACAUCAACGGCCCCACCAAGUUCUUUGCCAAAUGCCGAGGUCGAGUUGAAACAGAUUGCAGAAAUGUUUCCGAAUGUUGACAAGGAGGUCAUCAAGUCGGUGUACGACGCCAAUCACGGCAAGAAAGACGUUACAAUUAAUUCGUUGCUUCAGAUGUGCGAAUAAAGUUCUAAUUUUUUUUUUCUACGCAGUUAGAAUGCCAUACGUAACUUUAACGUAUUCUUUCGUUGACGGAAUAUUUCUUUGGAAUGUUGGAAGAGAUGAUGUACGGCGGAAAUUUAAUUUGUAACACUUCCAUACGUAAUAAUAUAUGUUAAGGCCCGAGUAUUCCUUGAAACGAUAUGUGAAAUAUUUCUUCUUUGAAGAAACGUAUUAGAUUUUAAUUGAGCAUAACAUUGAAUUAUUCUUAGUCAAUUUUGUUAUAUAUGUUAUUGUUACCAGAGUUUAUCUUUCCCCCCCCCCCUCGUGAUUUCCAUUAUGUAUGAGUAUUUAUUUUCCAAUUGCGUUUAUAUAUUAUACGGUUACACGAUUUAUUUGUUUCUGUAUACAAUUUAAAUAUAAUACAUUGCGCGCGUUCUGCAAAAUUGUAAAAAGAUAUACGCUUGAUCGAUAUAGCUGCACAUAAAUUGUAAUAAAUAUUAAAUAUAUAAUAUAA